AUGUCGCAAGAUGGUCAUAGGUCCCAUGUAUCAUUCAUUCUGGCAGAGUGGGCAAAGGAGAAUGGUAUAAUUUUCGACCUUUCGUGCACGUGGCUUCUUGACUCCGGUGUUGACGGUCAGCGGAUUCUUUUGUACUCGGAUGCCUACAGAAACAGCACGAGCUCCCCCGGGCUAGAUGCGGGCCUGUGCGGAAGCCCGAAAACGGGCGAGUUUGUCACGCGCGGCCGGCACGCACUGAUCACGUUCGGCACGGACGCCUCGCUCACCAAGAGGGGCUUCGAGUUCACCUACCUCUCAGCAGCAGACAUAUCUGGAACCGGAUGCAGCAGCGAAUACACACUUACGGCGUCCGAGCAGGCACAGUUUUUGACGUCACAGAAUUUUCCAGCGUUCUAUAGCAGAAACAGUUUCUGUCGCUGGGAGAUCGUCCCCUCGUCGGCGCAGUCCGCCGUCAGUGUCAAGGUGACGUUCGCCGACAUAGAGGCCGACGACAAUUGUCGCUACGACAAAAUGGAAAUAUAUGACGGUUCUGGUAUGGUGGACGAAGAGAAAUUCAAGAAGGUCAUGCAUGAAUUUGUUGAAGGAUGUUAA